GUAUGUGAUGAAAACAGCAGCAGCAGUGAAAAAACGGCCAUUUUUUGAAUUACUGUUCGAGAAACAGCGAUUGAGUGCUAGGCAACAUGAAAAAAAUUCCUGUAGUCGUAGUGUGCAGUGACUGAAGGCAACGAUACAGAAGUUAUCGCAAACGCAAUAAAGGUGAAAGUUUAUCUAUUUAAAAAUGGGCUUCAUUCCUCAUCCAUCGAUGCCGAUCGGGGUUGUCCGCCCCCACGACAUUAUCGUUCUCUUGUUAAUUGGAGCUGCCUUCGAAUUAUGUACCCGUCUUUCACUCGUCAAGUACAAGCGCAAACCAGAUUCCAUCCGACAGCGAGAGUACGCACUAAAAGAUCUAGAGAUUCGAGUCAGAAAAUCGAGAGCUUUGGGACCACAUGCAUUUGUAGAGACGUCCAAGUUGGAACGACAAAUGCUGUCAGAAGAAAAGAAUCUCAGUGAUCUGGCAGGGAAACGACAAAAAGCGCUCGAAAAGAGCGAAAAAUUGGUUGGAAGGAUUGGUACGGCUCUGAACUUCAUUGUCUUUGUUUGCUGGUAUGGGAUACCCAUGAUGGAGUUUUCGGGGCACAGAGUCCUGUCGCCUGAUACCCUUCUUUCUCGAGAGGAAAGUGCGGAAAUGGCCGCCUCUGCUUUCAACUCCUACAUGUUUCCUUUAUCGUACCUCGGAAUGGGAGUCAGAAUCUCCAAAUGGGGUCUUGCGAAUCCAAAAGCCAGUACCGGGGCGCUGUUAGUUGUGUGGUCGGCGCAAACGACGGUGGGUAAAAUAAUGGAUGGAUUGGAAACGCUACUUGAUUGAAAAAAGAGAACUUCAAAGUAGAAGUAGGCAUGAUUUACUUUCUUUCACAUCCUAUUUCCUCUAAACGAAAUGUUGGGAGUCAUCCAGUUACCAGGUAUCAAAGCGCUGUUGCAUGAUGCUGUUGCAUGAUGACAAACACAUCGUUUCCAUAAGCCAGCAAUUGCAGCCAAGCCAGCUUUCGGAGUUCAACUUGACAAUAAUUAAUGGAAAAAUGGAAUUCAUCCUUUCCAAAUGAGUUACGGUCGAGGUCCUAUCUGGAUUAAUUUGAAUUCAUUAUCAACGAUUACAAAGCAUCCUGUAGAUAUCAUUUUGAGCCAGUAAAAAAAGUAGACUGAUCAUAGGGAAAUUCAUUUCAUCAAUUCAAUUUCUUUGAGAUUGAUGCCGUUUCUGAUACCGUGAUGCUGAAAGUAAACCUUCCGUUAGAAAUUUCUACCUUCAAGUAUUUUCCGACCAUCUCAGCAUGAAGCACACCGUCGUGACCAGGGAGAAACAUCUGAUCGAGCCAAAUUGGAUUUUCGCUUUCUCGGAUCAAAAAGUCAUAGUUGUUCUCGCCAGAGAGAGCAAGUUCCUUGUCGUCCGUAGCCAUAGGAAAGUAGACUGUUCCGCUCGUACAUGGUGGUAAUAUGAUUUCAUAAAUGAAAACAACAGAGUUUUUCUUGUCGCUGGCAGUUUUCUUAAGGUAGCUCAGAUAAAUUUUGCCACGAGGAGUCGAUACGCUUGCCGUAAAAUUCUCGUGACGAAGAAGAUUUGGUUUGAUUUGGACGCGAGAAAACCCAGGAUCCAACGGUUGGAUGCCAGCCACAUAUUUGUAGAACCAACCCGUGAUACUCCCAAACAUAUGAUGAUUUCUAGAGUUCAUGUCCGGUGCGGCAAAAUCGGACUCCCACAGUUCCCAUACCGUAGUGGCAGGUUCGAACUGGCUUUUGACCAUAUAACCCCAGCUCGGAUAGGUUGUUUGCAAUGCCAGAUCAAGUGCUACAUCGCCCCGAUCGAGUUUCGAAAGAACCUCCAUGGCAUACUUGAUACCAAUUAUACCGCUGGUUGUGUGUCCGUGAUUUGUGAUUUCGAUGUCAUCAAUUAGGUAGGACAACACAGAAUCCUGCAAUUCGUCGGGAACCACGCCGAGGUACAGCGCUAAAGCCUGUUCGGUCUGGAGCCCAGACAUAUAUGCACC